AUCUCUAGUUGCCUUGCGACUUGCGAGUGGGCGGCGGAGUGCCCGAGUCGGUGCGGCCGUGCAGGAGCGUUUGCUGUCUCCGUUUCCGUCCCGUUCCCUUUCGUGGACUGUUUUGGAAGGCGUUGCGAUGAGACGCUGCUGCGGCGGCGGCGAGGAGUGCAUCCCUCGGCGAUGAGCAGAAUCACCACGGGAUCUUAAUCUCCCUUGCCUCGUUUGCGGAGAGCCUGCGCUGUCGGCGGCGGCGCACCCCCCUCCCCUUCCCCCGGUGCUUCCGUCUGCUGGCUGGACUCAGUUCUUCCAACUCGGCCCUUAACAAGAGAACGACGACCAUGCCGAUGCGUGGCGUCGAUUUCAAGUGGUGCGUCUGCCCCCUCUCGUCUCGCCGCUUCUUCCUUAACUCGUCCCCUCGUUAAAUCCCUCCUUGGUGAGUCAAGGUUUGACUGAUUGAGAGGCUGGGUUUGCGAUUCAUUGCAGGUGGACUACACCACUGUCUUCAUCUUCCGCCUCCUAAUGUUUGUUGAUAAUGGUCUCGCUGCAGGAAUGGGAUUAGAUCUCGGAUGGCAACAGAGAUAUGCUCGUUUUUGUGGAAGAAUAAUUGUCCUCUCAGUUCUUGUGCUACUUCUCUACCCCUUUCUCUGGGUUUGGACUGUGAUUGGAACAUUGUGGUUUAGCACUGCAAGAGGCUGCUUGCCAGAGGAAGGACAAAAGUGGGGCUUCUUGAUAUGGCUGCUUUUCAGUUACUGUGGGCUCGCCUGUAUUGCUUGUGUAGCUAUUGGGAAGUGGUUACACCGAAGACACGCACUUCAACAGAGAGCACAACAAGGAAUUCCAGUCUCUGAACAUGGGGUUUUAGUUGAUAUGAUCCGUGUUCCUGACUGGGCAUUUGAGGCUGUUGGCCUGGAAAUGAGAGUGGGUCAAGAUACUGCAUAUCAUCCUGGUCUUUAUUUAACUGAUGCUCAGAGAGAAGCAGUUGAGGCACUGAUUCAAGAGCUUCCAAAAUUCAGGCUGAAAGCUGUUCCAACGGACUGCAGUGAAUGCCCCAUCUGCCUUGAAGAAUUUCAUGUUGGCAAUGAGGUCCGUGGGCUCCCAUGCGCGCACAAUUUCCAUGUGGAGUGCAUCGACCAGUGGCUUCGGCUGAAUGUCAAGUGCCCACGGUGCCGGUGCUCCGUCUUCCCCAACCUGGACCUGAGUGCGUUGAACAAUCUUCGGUCGACCAGCGAGCCGGACCAUCCAUCCGCCAGCGCCAGCAAUGUAACGACGGCAACUGCAGCGACGAGAUACGUGAGGUCGCAGCCGGCAGGUCAAAGCUAUUUGGUGCGGUUGCAGGGGCUGCUGCUCCGCCCUGUCCGGCACGAUAGCGUGGAGAGUGACGGUGAGCCGGCGGUGGGCAACAGUCGCUUGGUUGGCACCGAAGAGCUGCCUAGCAUACUUGUAGACGAUGGCCAUCAGCUGCCAGAUCGCUGACUGAUUUGAUGACCUGAUGGAUCCAGCAUACUUGUCAGCAUAAUUUAGGAUACUUGUCAGCUUUUCUUUUACAGUUUUCUUUUGCAAAUGAAAUGCGAGUUUUGUUGAAAGAAUUUUUUUUAA